AUGCCGCGACUUCAUCGCCGUGAGCAGCUUCCGCUGCACAUCAAGCGCGCAUUAUGCGCGCAUCACGUCGAGCACCCCCUUCUGCGUCACGUAGACUUGGCCCGCUGGGUUUACGCCCAGUAUGGCCUGCGGCCUGACCGCUCCACGGUCGGACGCAUUUUGAAGAAUGGCGACCGUUGGGCAAUCACCGACCCCGCCGCCUCCAAUCAAGUGCGCCGUCGUGGUGGCGCAUAUCCCGAGCUUGAGCAGGCGAUGGCUCGCUGGAUCGCUAACGCUGGCCCCGCAGGCGUACCACUCACUCUGCAAACGAUCCGCGACCACGUGGCGAUUAUGGCGCGCAACAUGGGCAUUCCGCCCGUGUUUCGAUGCUCCAUUGGCUGGGUGCGCCGUGCGUUGCGGCGCCAGGGAGUGCGGUGCCGUGCCGCCACCGGCGAGGCGGCGAGCGCCGACAUGGCUGCUGUGCGUGAAGCGCGUGAGAAGGUGCCGGCGCUUCUUACUCACCUCGGCUACCAGCCGCGCGACACCUUCAAUCUUGACGAGACAGCUCUGUGGCUCUCUGUGCUGCCCCGAAAAACAUACAGCAACGCCCGCAUUCCGGGGCGCAAGGUCGCGAAGGAGCGGCUGACCGUCGCGUUUCUCGUCAACGCCGACGGCAGCCAUGUUUUCCGGCCGCUCGUCAUCAGCAAGGCGCGCCGUCCUCAUGACUUCCGGCCGGACUACGACCCCGAAGCCGUCUGCUACUGGCGGCAUAACGCCAAGGGCUGGAUGACCAGUGCGUUGUUCACCAACUUCAUAUCGCAGCUCAAUGCCGCGAUGUAUGCCGAAGGGAGGGAAAUCGCGGUACUGCUCGACAAUGCCAGCUCCCAUAUUCUGCGGGACGAGUGCGCGUGGAGCGAAAUCGUCUGCGGCAUGCGGACCACCCGCCUCAGCAACGUGCGCCUCAUCUUCCUGCCGCCGAACACAACCGCCUUCACGCAGCCGCUCGACCAGGGGAUAAUCGCGACCGCGAAGGCCCGCUAUCGCCAGCACUGGCUGCGUGCCUUCACGGCGCUGUGGAACGACGACGGCGCAACAAGCGCCGUCGCCCGCUAUCGCCCCAAUCUGCGCGAUGUGCUGGGGUGGCUCUCAGACGCCUGGAUGAGUGUCGGUGCGCGCACCAUCCAGAGGUGCUUUUGGCGCACGGGCUGCAUGCCUCUGUCGUGGUCCCUGGAGCUCACCCAUGUGUAUGAUGAUGAGCCGACCCCCCUGGCGUACCCCGACAUUGAGCUCGACGACGACAUCGACGACGUCGGCGAGCUCAUUGGCGGACUCGGCCUCGGCACCGGCGCAAUGACCGCCGCCGAGUACGUCGCCAUCGACGAGGGCGAGCCGACGUGCGCGGAGGCGGUGUGGAAAAUAGAGCGAGAAUGA